UUUGAAAUUUUUCUCUACAGGUAUUUCUAUAACGCAACAAACAUUCUAGAUGAUCUUCGACCAGAGUCGUUAGAUUGCAUUCAUGGACUCCAAGCAAGAACAAUAAAAAUGUUACAUUACUUGUAUCCUCCACUAGAUGCACGCACCAAGACAACAGUACCAUUUGAGAACGAGCCACAUUGUCUAGUCGGACAUCGUUGUUUACUAACUUGGCAUAAGAAAGUGAAAAAUGUUUGGAGUUUUUAUUUCAAGUUCAGAAAGGGAGACAACAUUGACUUAAGCAGCAAUCAAAGACGAGGCCUAAAAUCUCGGAACUUUGAGAAAUGGCAUCAGGAUUUAUUCUACAAUCCAGAUAAUAACUGCUCCAUAUUGGAAGUCACGUGUCCUGGUUUCACUUCCUUACCAAUUGUUAUGGGACAGAUAUUGAACGGAGUUUAUCUCAACGUCAGCUCUGGAAGCAUGCGGUACCAUAGACUGAAACUUGUUAUGGAUACGAAUUACAGAACAACCACAAAAAAGAAUCAGAUGAGCAUGUAUGAACUUGUCCUUGACCCAGUUUUAAAGGUCAGGAUAUAUCCCUGGUGGCAUCCUAGCUUUAUGGAAACACAGUCUAUGUUUCUGCUCAAUGAAACUUAAUGUAGAUUAGUUGUAUAAUUAAAAAAAAUCAUGCAUCAAAGUGAAAA